CAAUGGCUCAUGGCUGUCCUCUGACCUCCAGAAAACAGUAAUAAUAAAGGCAAAAAAACUGAAACAAAAUAUUCUCCCUUUAAGCUCCAUACAUCAUCACCCUGUAACUUCUAAAUUUAUUAUUAUUAUUAUUAAUCUAAACUCAGAAAACUCAUACCAGAGAGAGAAAGAAAGAAAGAAGAUCUGAGCUGGUUGAGUUGCUUUUUAACAACCAAAACAAGAUUAUCAUGUUUCAUAUCAACAACAUCUUUUAAACCCUUUUUCUGUUUGGAUCCAUCCAUUCAUUCUCUUCAGAUUUGUGAUUACAAAAAGUUGUUAAAGUUUUGGUUUUUCCCCAAUGUGGAGCAAGAUUAGGGCAUAAAUAGUGUUCAUAGUUCAAUUUAGGUGUGAAAAUUGGGGAUUAUGAAGGUGUUUAGAUAAUUGAACUGCUAAGUACACAAAUAAUCAAUGGAAGAUUAUUCUAAGUUUUCACAUAGUCCUGCGCAUCUAGCGGUUGCGCAACGUGACCAUGCCGCGCUUAAGAAACUUAUUGCUGCUCUACCACGGUUGGCGAAAGCCGGUGCGGUUAACACGGAGGAUGAAUCGGUAGCUGCUGAGCUUGAUGCGGAUGCGGUUUCGGCUGUGAUUGACCGUCGUGAUGUUCCGGGACGGGAAACGCCUCUUCAUCUUGCUGUUCGGAUCAAGGAUCCGAUCUCGGCGGAUAUUUUGAUGGCUGCUGGUGCGGAUUGGAGUUUGCAGAACGAGAAUGGGUGGAGUGCGCUUCAAGAAGCGGUUUGUAAUCGAGAGGAGAAUAUAGCUAUGAUUAUUGCGCGGCAUUACCAGCCUCUUGCGUGGGCGAAAUGGUGUCGGAGGCUUCCGCGUAUUGUCGCGUCGGCCAACCGUAUUCGGGAUUUUUAUAUGGAGAUUACUUUUCAUUUUGAAAGUUCGGUUAUUCCGUUUAUAGGAAGGAUUGCUCCUUCGGAUACUUACAGGAUUUGGAAACGUGGGUCGAAUUUACGGGCUGAUAUGACUCUUGCGGGAUUUGACGGGUUUCGAAUUCAACGGUCGGAUCAAACUUUCAUGUUUCUUGGAGACGGGUAUUCGCAGGGGGACGGUAACGUGUCUUUACCUCCGGGUUCUUUGAUCGUUCUUUCACAUAAGGAAAAGGAAAUAACAAACGCGUUAGAGGGUGCGGGUGCACAACCGUCAGAAGCGGAAGUGGCUCAUGAAGUAGCGUUGAUGUCGCAAACGAACAUGUACAGGCCCGGGAUUGAUGUUACUCAAGCCGAGCUUGUUCCGCAUUUGAAUUGGAGGAGACAAGAGCGGAGCGAACUUGUGGGACCGUGGAAAAGUAAGGUGUAUGAUAUGCUCCAUGUGAUGGUUAGCGUGAAGUCGAGGCGGGUCCCGGGUGCGAUGACUGAUGAGGAGCUUUUUGCCAAUGAACACGGAGCCGAAAAUGGAGCGGACCAUGAUGAGUACGAUGACGUUCUGACACCCGAAGAAAAGAUGCAAUUGAAUUCCGCUCUUAAAAUGGGGAAUUCCGAAAAUGUUUGCGAAGAUGAAGAUCAACAAACCCACAAUGGAAAUACCGAUUUGGGUUCAUUCGAAAAUUCCGAAUCCAACACUAAAGAUAAGAAAAGCUGGUUCGGUUGGAAAAAGGGUUCGAAAACAGGAGGCAACAACGAUCCCGAAGAUUCUAAGAUUCUAAAAAAGUUUUCGAAACUUAACGAAAUACAAAAACCAUCGUCUGAAACCAUAACUGCAACGGACGACAACAACAGUGAGUCUAAAAAAGCGAAAGAUAAGAGUGCUAAGAAGAAGAAGAAAAAGGGAUUGGCAACGGAUACUAAACAUGAAAGCGAGUACAAAAAAGGGUUGAGACCCGUUCUUUGGUUAACGCCAGAUUUUCCUUUGAAAACCGAUGAGCUCGUGCCGUUACUUGACAUCUUGGCGAAUAAGGUGAAGGCCAUUCGGAGAUUACGGGAGCUUUUAACCACCAAACUACCUGCCGGUACUUUCCCUGUAAAGAUUGCGAUUCCAAUUGUGCCAACAAUAAGAGUACUUGUAACAUUCACAAAAUUCGAGGAGCUACAAGCGGCGUCAGAAGAAUUCUCAACGCCACUAUCGAGCCCAGCUCAUUUCCAGGAUUCAAAAUCUAAAGAACCAGAAGGAUCAACCUCAUGGAUCUCGUGGAUGAAAGGAAACCGCGGUGACCAAUCAAGUGACAGCGAGGGUCGUAGCUUCAGAGACGAAACAGACCCGUUCAACAUACCAGCAGACUACACAUGGGUCGAUGCCAAUGAGAAGAAACGCAGAAUGAAGGCCAAGAAAGCCAAGAUCAGGAAACACAAGAAGAAAUCUGCAGAGAAAAGCGCUGAAAAUGGAGCGAGGCAGUCGAGUGAAGAUUUGGAGUGAUCGGUUCUUGCAUUCUUGGAUUCGGGUAUGAGAUGGAAGACAUUUGUGUGGUAAAGUUUGGUUUUUAGGGGUUCGUGUUCGUUCGAUUGCUUGUUGUAUACGAUCUUUGUUUCCGAUGACGGUUGGUUGGUUGGUUGGUUCCAGUGGUUUUGGUAGUUCUCUCAGGAACAAGCUCAAACAUGUUGUAUUAAUGUUUUAAUUAUUUAUUAUUGUUCUUCAGUUUCCUUUUA